AUGUUGGGCAAGCUUACGAAGCUCACGUAUCUCAAUCUAGGACGUAACUGGUUUGACGAUGAGGGUGUAGAGGCAUUGGCCCCUGAGUUGGGCAAGCUCACUGGGCUCACCUCACUCAUCCUGCGCAAAAACACCUGGAGAGAACCGAGAGAGGACGAGGAGGAAAAAUCCGAGGACGAGGAGAAAGAAUCCACGGCGCAUUGGGCGCCAGUGUUAGGCAAACUCACAGAGCUAAGGUACCUUGACCUGGGGGUGAAUUACAUCAAUGAUGCUGGCGCGGUGGUCUUGGCGCCUGAGUUAGGCAAGCUCACGAAGCUCACCUACCUUGACCUGGGGUGGAACGCCUUCAAGGAUGGGGGAGCAGCGGCCUUGGCGCCAGAAUUAGGCAAGCUUACAGAGCUAACUUCAUUAGAUUUGGCAAGUAACAGCUUUUCGAAUGAGGGCGCAGCGUUUCUGGCGCCACACCUGGUCAAGCUGAAAAGUCUUAAUCGUCUCAAGCUGAAGAAGCAGAGGUUCCCAGGGCGGUGCCCCUUGCCCCACCUUGAAGAGGGAGGGGCUUCUGAAGUCGUACGGCAGACGUGA